UACCCCUACGUUUUAGCAAAUACGUAUCAUAUUGCACUUUCCUUCAGAGAUUUGCAGCCAAACCGCCAUUCUUAAUUAUAUGAAAGUCACCACGGCGCUUGUUUGGAAACUCUCACUACAUAUUGCGAAGAAAAGAUUCUUGUAAGUCCGAUUAUAUGGUAACGGUUAGCAGCAUCGAUCACUGGAUCCUGUUCUCUGCCAGUCUAAUAAAUUCUUUCAUUAUCUCUCUCUUCUGAUAUUCUCAGAAAAAAAAAAAAAAUGGGAAGGUCUCCUUGUUGUUCUAAGGUUGGGUUGCAUAGAGGUCCAUGGACUCCAAGAGAAGACAAUUUGCUUACCAAAUACAUUCAAGCACAUGGUGAAGGCCGCUGGAGAUCCUUGCCUAAAAAAGCUGGGCUUCUUAGGUGUGGAAAGAGUUGCAGAUUAAGAUGGAUGAACUAUCUAAGGCCAGAUAUCAAGAGAGGGAACAUAACCCCUGAUGAAGAGGAUCUUAUUAUCAGAUUGCAUGCGCUACUUGGAAAUCGAUGGUCUCUCAUUGCAGGAAGGCUUCCAGGUCGAACCGAUAACGAGAUAAAGAAUUAUUGGAACACCCAUCUCAGCAAGAGGCUAAGAAGCCAAGGAACCGAUCCAAACACCCAUAGGAAAUUAUCAGAUGAGCCAAUUAGUCAAGAUGCUAGGAAGAGAAGAAAUAGCAAAAAUGGUAACCACAAAAAGAACCAGAAUAAUAAUAAUAUGACGGUGAUCCAACCGUCAGGGGAGCCACGAAAGCACAAGGUUCAUCUCCCAAAGCCCAUUAAGGUCACUUCUUUGGUAUUACCAAUGGAUGAAAGUUUUAAGUUUAAUGAUUUAUUUAGUACUGUUUCAAAUGGCCAUGGAGAACUGGGUACAGAAGUUCCUCCUCCUAGUUUCAAAGACAGAGAUCAUGGAGCUGGGUAUUUCGUGGGCAAUUGUGAUGACGACAUAAUUAACGGAAGUGAUUUCGAGUACCAAAUAUCUCAGGUAUUCACCGGUGAAAACACAUUAGACAAGCUUUACGAAGAAUAUCUGCAGAUUUUGAAGAAUAAAGAUGACGAAAUUCAGCUAGAUUCACUUGCUGAAUCAUUUUUAAUUUGAAGAAAACAAAAAAAAUAAAAACAUUUUGUGAGCUUGUGCAUGCUUUUAAUGUUGAAGGAAGGAAUUAAGUUCUUGCAUUAAAGUUUUUUUAUUAUUGUUAAUGGUAACUGUGAUUUGGCAUGGGAAAUUAUACCUUAAUGAACUGACGAUUGCUUGGCACA